AUGAUAACCGAAACGUUUACGUUUGCUCACCUUGCGUAUUUGGUGUUUGAAGCUGUAUUACAAGCAGUUCUCGUAGCGGUUUCAGGGUUUUGGGCUGCCCAUGUUGGUCUUUUGCCAAAAGCUGCUCAAAAAUACAUUUCAUUGCUAAAUGUCGAUCUUUUCACACCAGCGCUAAUCUUCAGCAAACUGGGAAGAAACCUUUCAUUGGCCAAGAUUGUGGAAAUUUCUAUUAUUCCUCUGUUCUUUGCACUUACUACAACGAUCUCUUUUUUCUGUGGUAAGGUAACUUCAAGGAUUAUGAAACUGGAUAAAGAUGAAUCUAAUUUCGUUGUAGCUAAUUCAGUAUUUGGUAAUUCAAAUUCUCUACCGGUUUCCUUAACCCUUUCGUUGGCAUACAGUUUACCCAAUUUGACUUGGGAUCAAAUUCCCAAUGACAACAGGGAUAAUGUAGCAUCAAGAGGAUUGCUGUACCUGUUGAUCUUCCAACAGAUUGGUCAAAUGUUGAGAUGGUCCUGGGGUUAUAACACCUUAAUGAGAUGGAGCGGUGAAAAUCAACACCAUAUGCCACCUUCCCAGGUUCAAGCUCAUUUGGAGGCAAGAAGACAAGAUCAAGAAAGUAGCAGUCAAAAUAACGGUAAUGAUGCACAAUAUAUGGAACAUCCUGAAAGUGGUGGAGUGAUUACAAGCUCAUUUUGGUCCAAGUUUUGGAAUCGUGCUAAGAUGUUGGGUUCAAAAAUAAAGUCUCAAUUGAAUCCACCAUUGUACUCUAUGUUAAUUGCUGUAUUAGUCGCUGCAAUUCCACCAAUUCAACAUGAAUUGUAUCAUGAAGAUGGUUUCGUUAACAAUACUUUUGCUGCAGCCAUUGAUCAAUUAGGUGUUGUCUCCAUUCCAUUAAUUUUAUUGGUUUUAGGUUCCAAUCUUUAUCCAUCUGAAGAUACUUUAAACAAGACUCAUAAUCAUAAGAAAUUGGUUAUCGGUUCUAUUUUUGGUAGGAUGAUUUUGCCUUCAUGUGUCUUGUUACCAAUUAUUGCAGUUGCGGUCAAAUAUAUCAAUGUUAGUAUUUUGGACGAUCCAAUUUUCUUAGUGGUUGGAUUUUUGUUAACCGUAUCUCCACCAGCAAUUCAAUUAACUCAAAUUACUCAGUUGAAUGAAUUUUUCGAAGCUGAAAUGGCAUCAAUUUUAUUCUGGGGAUAUGUCGUACUAAGUUUACCAGUGAGUAUUUUAGUGGUAUCUGGUGCCAUUUAUACGUUACAAUGGGCAGAAGGUGGCCAACUGGGGUAG